AUGGAGCGCCGUGUUUUGGGCCUCACUGCAUCGGUGGUGAACAAUGUGAAACAGGGAACCCCACUGGACGUGAAAUUGCGUCGGCUGGAAGCGCUCAUGCGGGCUCGUUUGAUCACCUCCGAGGACAGCUCUAUUGCUGCCGUAAUGGGAACCCGCGUACAGUCAAUAAUCCCCUUCACGUCUGGUGGAUCUCAGUCUCUUGCCGGCGAACCCUACUACCAGUUCAAUCAGGCCUUAGCAGAGGGAGUCAAGACCCUGUCUGAGUGA